AUGACUAUCUUGACUCCAGAUGAAUUAAUUGAGAAACUGUGCGAGGAAAUUGCCUAUUCGGGUGGGAGAAUAUUAUUGACUAAAUUCUGGGAUCUGGUGUCUGAGGAAGUUGAUAACUUGGACAACAGGCUCAAGAUUUUCAUACUCCGCUGCUUCCACGUUCACCGAGAUACGUCAUUGACUAGGGCCGGUAAGCUAUUAGAGGCUACUAAUUACGAUGAACUUACGGAGGGUUGCGAGGACGUGUAUUGCUCAAUUACAGAAGACAUGCUAUAUACGUUCCUUACUGGCUAUUGCAAGAGAGAAUGUUCCAUAGGUGGGUUAGCGUUCGAAUUACUCAUAGAGAUUGCAAAAUCUAAGCAAGCAGGAAUUAAUACAAUGGACUUGGCAAGAAAGACCUCACAAGACCCACGCAGCAUCACAGGUCGCAUUAAAAAACUUGGAAACCUGGUGGUAGGGGUUCAGACAAUUUAUAAAGGUCAUGUCGUCAAACAUUUGAGACUUAGCAAAUUUGGCGUUCAGAUUGCAAGUGAUUCAAAUUACUCGAGUAUGAAAGACAACUUGAAGAGCAUCGUGGAAGUUGUGAAGAGUUCUAAAAAUGGCGUUCGGCAGCUUAUUGAUUUGAAAAGAGAGUUGAAAUUUGACAAGGAUAAGCGCUUAUCUAAGUCAUUUAUUGCAGCUAUAUCUUCACUGGUUACUGGGGGAUAUUUGAAAAAAGUACUCGUCGUUUCGCCUUCAAGCCCUUCCAUGAAGAUCAGGUGUGUCAAGUAUUUGAAGGACUACCAACCUGAGCUUAAGCAAGGCAAUGAUUUCGAAGAAGAGACAGAUUUGGAGGAAGGACACGAAGGAGGUGAGAACAACGAUGCGGAGGAGGCAGAGGGAGGUGAGGAGUUAGAAUUGCUUGGAAAUGACAAUGCCACGCAACUUCUUCAAGGCAAAAAUCUUGUGAUAGAAGACGAAACUAAUUUCGAUAGGAAGUUGUUUCUACUCAAUCGGUUUCAUCCGUUACAAAAUCAGACGUAUGCAUUGGUUGACAAGCGAGGUAUAGAAGGCUUAUCCUCAAUGCAGGCGGUGAGUAUUUUGACGGGCAAUGAUUACAAACGAUCAUUUACUAAAUGUAGCGAGUAUUAUAUUGACACGAUUGGUAAAGAAAACAAAAGUGACCGUGAGUUCGGGUUAGUGAAAGUCUAUGACUUUGAGGGUAAAAGAAAAUUUCACAGACUUUUCACCAAACGGCACUUUAAUACCCUUGUUUCUGGUGAAAAUAUGCGAGAAGAGACUGAUUUCCCAUUGAUCAAGGUGCAGAAAAAUACUUUAAGAGUUCUGAGUGAUAAAGCUUAUUCUCCUUUGAGUAACACGCUUCGAUUUAUUGAAAAUGAUCAUGGAGGCUUAUUCUUUUGGAAUGGAGAGUUAAAGGCUCCAGCAAAUGAAAAUGCUGUCCCGCGAGGAAGGAAGCGAAAGGGACAGGCGGAAUUAAUUGGACGAGGUGCACAAGAGGAUUCCAAGAAAAUGAAGCCGUCCCACACUGAGUCUAUACUGACUCUCAUAACUGACGAGCAGAAAAAGUUGAAGGACGAAACAACGGAGAACAUUGAGGUGUCUGUUAGUGAUGCAGGACAAGAUGAUAAGGCAAACAUUGCGAUCUCUAUCGAUGGAUUAUCCGCCAACUCAUUGAAAUCUUUGCAGAGGCAGCGUGCUAUAUUGGAAGUACUGACGAAGAGCGGUGGCGUUAGCCUUUUUCGAGAUCAGUUUUUCGAGGACGUCAAAAAGCUUAUGGGCUCGAAAACGACUCUGGACAAAAAAACAAUCAAGGGCGAUUUGAACUUAUUGAGGGCAUCCAACAAAAUUGGUUUUCAAAUCGAUAGAUUGAGGAGCCGAAAAGUUUUGUUCUUGCCUCAUAUACCCCAGGAGACUAUUUCCAAGUUUUUACUCAAUGAGAAGGAAAGCAAGAAGUCUUAUUUUAAGGAUGUAAUACACAACGCUGACAUAUAUUUUUUUGAUGAAUCACAGCGCGAAAGGUUUUUAAGAGGUGGGGGCUCUGCUGAAAGGAUAAAAAAUUUUGAAAAGAAAACUUCUAAUGGUAGGCGCGGUCCUGCUUUGAGGAAGGCUCCAAAAGGCCCAGAUAAGGAUAAUGCCGAGGAAACAAUAACUCUAACGGAUUCGGCUGCAGAGCGUCAAUCCCUUAUUGACAAUACUAUGGCUCAAUACUCAAAAGAGGAUUCUUCAGGGUACCGGCGCUAUAAUGUUGGAACUAAAGUUGGGGUCCGUGUAUUGGUUAUGGCUGUAAUAAUUACAGAGAUAGUCAAUGGGGAGGUUGUAUGGGAUCUUAUAACAAAACUCUUCCCAAGCAAUUCGUUGAGUAAUUUGGAGAAGCAAUGGACGACUAGAAGAAUAAAGAUGGGCCAUGGCGGUUGGAAAGCACUGAAGAUGAAAUGGCGCAAGAUUCUUGUUGAGGCUAUGAAAGAGGAGCAACUUACCAUGCGUGAUGUCGAAACUUUAGAUUUGCCCAAACUAAUCAGGAUUUGGGAGAGUGCCGAUCAAAAGCCACCAGAAACUGAAUUCAAACUUCUCCGAAAUCAUGAAGACAAUGUGAAGAAGUUUACUUUGAUAAGGGAACCUAGGAAUGUACCGCAUCCGGCUACCGUAGAGACUGCUUCUAUGGUUCAGCGUGAGUCAAAUUUGCUGAGAAAAUGUUAUAUGUAUCGGGCUGGUCAAGAAUGCUUAUCAGUCAAGAAAGAAGAUCAAAUCCGAACUGCAGUCAGGUCAGCACUUCUUGAGAGAGGCACCGGUGGCUUCAAUGAUAUAAGUGCCCUACAAGCUUUUGAAAAGGGAGACAUCGAGAAGACAGUCUUAGAUAUGGCUAAAGAGAAGCAGAUAAGCUUUCUGAAUCCAUCGAAGCUACAGCUAACUGAUGGCUUACAUGAAAUGCUGGUAAAGAAAGGGGACUUCGAGAGCAUGGAAAAAGCAGCUGAAUAUCAUGCACAGCUUUCGAAUAUUUUUGAAGGGCGAAGAGGAUUGGUAAUAAAGGAAGAGCUGACCAACCAAGCUGCCCUGGUUAUUAUAGAGCUGUUACAUUCAGCCUCAAUCGCAAUGGCCGGUGUACCAAUCUUGUCGGAGGAGCACCCGAUGCAUUAUACCACUCGAAGAUAUGGAUUCGGUGCCCUUAUUCCCCCCCUUAUAGUUUUUCAAGAUAAAAGUUCAAAUAAGAGGUUGACUCAGUCUAUUCCCAUCCCUAUGGGGAGGCCGUAUAGUCGCCUUUGGAUUAACAGUGGAGGAAAAGUACGCCCUCAAGUUUGGAAACAGGUAGUUGCCUUGAUUUUGCUAGAGAUCUGCUUUAAUCCUGGAAUUUCCGCGGGAAGACUCUCGUUGCAUUGCGCACAACUACUAGCUCCAGCCGAAGUCGAAGAAAUUGUCAUAUGGUGUACGAACUCUCGUUAUGUUUCUAAAUUAGAAUUUGGUGGCUUGCUCGUUAACUCCACAUGGUUCUUGGCUCUUUAA